CCAUUGUUGUUUAUGACAUGCAUUAAGAAAUAAUGUGUCUCACCACGGCUGAAUUUUACUAGGUAUUUUGUAUCUAGGGAUGGGGGAACAUGAAGUCAUUUUAUUGAAUGGUAUAUUUUACACUGCAGGGUUACCAGACUCCUUAGGUCCCUGUCAGGAAUGUUGCAAUUUGUGAAACCGAAACAAAAUUCCUGCUGCAUCAGCUUUAAGCACAGAGACACUCUGUUUCCUUUCAGUGUCUGAAUUGACUUUUUGGAGAAGUGCUGCAAUGACUUCAUGCAUAAAAGUAACUUGGAUUUUCCUUGGGGUUUUCCUGGCCCUCUAUAUAGAGCAUAAAUAGAGACUGGGGGCCACAUAAGAGAGUCAGAUCUUGCUGAACAUCUGCCUGUUCUGAAAGUCACUCCAAGCUGCUAACAUGCAGAUCUCUCUGGCUGUUCUUUCUCUUCUUCUGCUAACUGCCUGCUGCUCCCAGGUUCAGUGUGGUUUUCUUCCAACAUCCUGCUGUUUUAAGUUUACUAAGAACCGCUUAUCACUAAAACAAGUGAAAAGCUAUUACAUCACAAGCAGCUUCUGCCCCCAUCCUGCUGUUGUGUUUACAACAAGGAAAGGAUUUAAAAUAUGUGCCAGAUCAAGUGAGAAAUGGGUGACUGAUCUCAUCAUCCAGCUGCCUGCAAAUUAAUUCUAAUUUAUUGGAAUGCAAUUCCAUUUUGGGCUGAUAGCAGACUAUCCACAGACAGAGAAGGAUCAGCAGAGGUCUAACACUACAUCGGUUAUCAGCUGUGUAUCCUGUGCCUUUUCUCCCUUUUCAGCUUUGAAUGGCUGCCCCCAUGGCUACACAGCAGCUUGUUUAUAUAAACUAUUGUAGAAUAUAUAAUUGGAACAUGUCAGUUUUAACAAUUCAGCACAACAGUACAUUAUAUUUUCAUUAAUUUAAAACACAUUGAUUUUCUGGUGUUACUGUUCCUUUAAAUACUUUUUGGUGCUCAUUGUAAGAUACUUGAAGCUCGUGUAGAAUGGCUGAAUUAUCCAUCCAGAUUUAUUAUUUGCUUUAGAAAAUAUAUUUUAUACCUUCCACCUCUACCAUAGAAAACUUGAAUCUUGUGCUAGUCACACUCUGAUGGUCAUAAAUGUGUCCUUCAUGUUUCAGUAAAGCUUAGGAAAAAACAUUUCAAUACAUUCUUCUGGACAGGGAUUUUUAUUUGUAUAUUUUGUUUACUUAUUUUAUUCCUUGUGGCAGCCUUAGUUACUCAGAAGAACCAAAUGUUAUUGUUUUUGCAGAAGUAAAGUAUUACCUUUUCCUAAAUACAAAAUCAUCAGAUCCAGUCAACAUUAGGGGCUCACUUAGAGCUCAAAAUGAUCUACUGAAUUGUUUGACUAUCUCCAGUAACAAUCUAGAAGGAUAUUAUUAGAUAUUUUUAUAUAUGUAAGUUAUACUUUGAUUGACUUUUUAUUUUCAAAUGUAGUUGUAUUUA